AUGUCGCGGACAGAGAUGCAACAGUCCGACUCGAUGGAGCAGGAGGAUCAGCACAACGACGGAAAGAAGAAGCAGAAGAGCCGGCGUCCCGCGAACACCGCAUUCCGACAACAGCGGCUGAAGGCAUGGCAACCGAUCCUCACUCCUAAGACCGUCCUUCCCAUCCUCUUUGCGGUCGGUGUCAUCUUCGCCCCGAUUGGCGGGCUUCUCCUCUGGGCGAGUGCAAGUAUCCAAGAACUCAGAAUCGAUUACACCGAUUGCAAUACCACUGCGACCAACCAAUUCACCCAGAUCCCCGAGUCGAAAGUGCACUCAUCCUUCAAGAAUUCCAAUAGUACAGUGAGGCCGCAAUGGAAGAGAACGUUGAACACAACAACGCCGCCAUGGAGCGUCACCAUCCCCAACACACCAGUCUGUACGUUGCAGUUCGACAUCCCGAAUGAUAUCGGACCACCCGUCUACCUCUACUACCGCCUCACGAACUUCUACCAAAACCACCGAAGAUACGUCAAGUCUCUUGACACUGAUCAGCUGCGAGGAGACUUUAUCAGCAAUUCUACCAUCCAUGACAGCGCCUGCAACCCCAUCAAGACGGACAGCGCAGGCAAGGCCUACUACCCGUGCGGCCUCAUCGCAAACUCCAUCUUCAACGACACACUAAACUCUCCGCGACUGGUCAAUGCCGCCGGCAACGAGCCAGCUCAGCCAUACCGCAUGACGAACCGUAGCAUUGCCUGGGGUUCGGACGCCUCUUUGUACAAGAGGACAAAAUACACCAAUUUCGACGUGGCGCCGCCCCCGAACUGGGUCAAGAGAUACCCUGAUGGCUAUACUGCGGAAAAUCCCAUUCCCGACCUUGCCGAGUAUGAGGAGUUCCAGGUUUGGAUGAGGACAGCUGGUCUGCCCACGUUCAGCAAGCUGGCUCUGCGGAACGACGAUGAAACUAUGACUGCCGGAAUCUACCAGAUGGAGAUCUAUGACUUCUUCCCAGUCACAGUCUAUGACGGCACCAAGAGUAUUUUGAUCUCGACAAGAUCAGUGGUGGGUGGAAAGAACUCAUUCUUGGGCAUCGCCUACGUCGCUAUUGGCGGGUUGUGCAUUGUUCUGGGUGCUCUGUUCACUGUUGCGCAUUUGAUCCGACCAAGGAAACUCGGCGACCAUACGUAUCUGUCUUGGAAUAACGCCGCUCCGGCUACCGGUAUCCUUGCCACUGGUCGCGACAUCAGAGGUCAAUGA